CCUUCUUUCCCCCCGAUAAUUCCCUCUCAACUUCCUUUCCCGCUCAUCGAUUCUAUCCAUUUUUUGUCUCUCUUUUCCCGCUCGUCGAUUCUGAAUCAACAGAUUUUUGCUGAGAAGCCAAUUCUGCCAAUCUGUACCUUGGAUCCCUAUGCUUUCGCCUUUGUCGACUCUGUGGAUCCUAUCACCCUCAUCGACAACCUAGGCUGGCUUCCUAUGGGUGAUUCCCAUCCUCGCAGCUACUGCCAGCUGCUGUUCGUGCCUUCUAUUCUAAUCUUCGGACCGAUGGGAUCACAACUGGCAAACUCUCCACCCUGGUAUAUGGUCACUAAUCGCUCCUUUGACUCGCUGGAUGAUUCACUCAAGCUUCUCCACUACUACAUCACCCGAGUGUACUUUCCGCGGGCUGACCGCUUGGAUGUUGUUUUGCCUCUUGAUUGCUGGGUCAUGUCUCACGCCAUCUCUGAUAUGUCGUUGAGCUAUCCUCAUUUGCUGUUUGGGGCAAUUGUGGAUGCCUCUGCCAACGAUUCUCCCGGUGUUGGUCUUCCCUUUGCUGGGUUGAUUACGUUGCUGCUGCAUCGUCUCGGUGUUCCUCUGGCUGACUUUGUCACUAUUUCUGACGGUUGUGUUCAUCCCUCCAUUGACGAAGUGCUUGCUGUGGUGGGACUUCCUCCCAUUGUUGAUUUAUCAUCAGGGGGAGCUGAUCAUGGGGCCACGGAUGCUGCUAUUAGAGAAAGAGACGAAGAGGACGAGGCGUCCGCGGAUGGUGGUGCUCUGCUUCGGCUUCUGUUCGUCCCUUCAAGCUCAAGCGACAGGCUAAAGGACCUCGUCCUUCUAACAGAGCUCUCAAGCGUCUCAAUAAUCAAAAAACUUCUCAAGGAGUGGUUCUCUAUGAGAAUCAUGAUCUCGAGCAAAACAAUUAAAAGCCUUAAUUUAGGGGGAGCUUAG